AAAAAAUAUGGUUGUAAUAUAUGUAAUAAAAGAUUUACACGUCCGAGCUCACUUACCACUCACAUUUAUAGUCAUACAGGAGAGAAACCUUUUAAAUGUCUUGUAGAAGGUUGUGGGCGUAGUUUUUCAGUCGUAAGUAACCUUCGUAGACAUGCUAAGGUU